AUGGAGGAAUCAAACUAUAUAGUUCAAGACAAACCAGUUAGUAAAUUAAAACCUCAUAUUUUUGCUGUUUAUUCGUUGUGUAGUGGAACAAUUACACCAGAAACCAAAAAUAACCUCUCAAAUGAACCAGAACUGGAGAUUCCAACAAAGUAUCGGAAAUUAAAAAAUGCAACAACCACUAAAAAUCCUAAAACAAAACGAACAUUAACCUCAGGAAGCGAAAACAAACAUUUAAAUGGACUAGAAUUGGAGAUACCAACAAAGUAUCGAAAAGUAAAAAAUGCAAUGGUCACUAAAAAGCCCAAAACCAAACAAACCGUAACUUCAGGAAGCGAAAAUAACCAUUCAAAUGAAUUAGAAUUUGAUAUUCCAACAAAGCAUCGGAAAUUAUAUAAUGAAAUAAUUAUUGAAAACAACAUAACAAAUCAAACGGUAACUUCAGAAACCAAAAACAACCCCUCAAAUAAACUAGAAUUGCAGUUUCCAACAAAGUAUCGGAAAUUAAAAAAUGCCAAAAUCACUAAAAAGCUUAAAACAAAACGUAUAUUAACUUCAGGAACCGAAAACAAACACUUAAAUGGACUAGAAUUGGGGAUUCCAACAAAGUACCGAAAAAUAGAUAAUGAAUUAGUUAUUGAAAAAACCAUAACAAAUCAAACGAUAACUUCAGGAAGCAAACAAAAACUCUCAAAUGUAGUAGAAUUGGAGAUUCCAACAAAGUAUCAGAAAAUAGAUAGUGCAAUGAUUAUUGAAAGUCCAAUAACCAAUCAAACGGUAACUUCAGGAAGCACACAAAAACUCUCAAAUGAGCCAAAAUUGGAAAUUCCAACAAAGCAUUGGAAAUUAGAUAGUGAAAUAAUUAUUGAAAACACCAUAACAAAUCUAACGGUAACUUCAGAAACCAAAAACAACCUCUCAAAUAAACUAGAAUUGGAGAUUCCAACAAAGUACCAAAAAAUAAAAAAUGCAAUAAUUAAUAGGUCUAAAAGGUCUAAAACCAUACAAACGGUAACUUCAGAAAGCGAAAUCAAACAUUUAACCGGACUAGAAUUGGAGAUUCCAACUAAGUACCCAAAAAUAGAUAAUGAAUUAGUUAUUGAAAAAACCAUAACAAAUCAAACGGUAACUUCAGAAACCAAAAUCAACCUCUCAAAUGAACCAGAAUUGGAGAUUCCAACAAAGUAUCAGAAAAUAGAUAAUGCAAUGAUUAUUGAAAGUCCCAUAAACAAUCAAUUGGUAACUUCAGGAAGCCAACAAAUACUCUCAAAUGAGACAGAGUUGGAGAUUCCAACAAAGCAUGAGAAAAUAGAUCAUGAAUUAAUUAUUGAAAACACCGUAACAAAUCAAACGGUAACUUCAGAAACCAAAAACAACCUUUCAAAAGAACCAGAAUUGAAGAUCCCAACAAAGAAUCUGAAUAUAGAUACGAGUAACGCAAUUUUUAUUAAAGAGCCUACAUCAAAUACUUUCACUAUUGAAACUCAAGUAGAGAACGAAUCCAAUUUAAUUCCAAUUGAAAAUGCAGAUAAUAUUGUUAGUUCAAGUGACCUCGAUUAUGUUUUACUACAUAUACCUGAAUAUAAUAUAAGUGAUUAUGAAACAUCAUCUAACGUAACAUUUGACAACAAAGAUUUGCCUGAAAAACAAAUAAUUGAAAACAAAAUUGUUGAUUCACGAAUGAUGGAUGAUUCAUAUUCGAAUAAGACACAAAAGAAAGCGGACAAAUUAAAAACUUAUGAUGGCAAAAAAAACGUAUUAAAGGCAUCGAUUGUACAUAAUAUACCCCCAAAAGAUGUAAAUAAAAUGCUAAACAUGAUGCUUAACUUGCCAAAUACUUUAUAUACUAAUAUGCCAGAACGAAAUGUUUUGUCGCCACACACUGAAAAUCUAGUGGUUAACAGUACAUAUAUGACACAAAUAGUUACUUCGAAUGAUAUCGAUUCAAACGAUCCGGAAUUUAGGAAUUCAACCAUGUUCCAAAAAAAUUAUAGUGAAACACAAACAAAUCAAAACUAUAAUGUACCUAAAACGAUUGACGACCCUUAUUCACCCCUUGUUGACCACGGACAAGCAAUUAGGCCAAAUGUACUUGAACCUGGAUUGUUACACAGAUUUACAUCUAAUAUAGAGAAGGAAAAAGUUAGCGUUCAAAGCAUUCCGUUUAAUGCUUCAAGUUCCAAAAAAGAGCCACUUACAAAUCAAUCAUUUGAAACAAAAAGUACAGAUUAUAUGUUGGAAAAUACAACUAAUUCCUCAAUCAGUAGGGAACAGACAUUUGUUGAAUACGCUCACACAAGUACACAAAUUGGCGGUAAAACGAAUUUGUUAGCCGAUCAACAGCGAAAAUAUAUAACAGAUGAUGAGCUUCAACAAAGGAGUCAAAGUGUCAAAAGAUGUUCAAUAGCUAGUCAACCGGGUACAGAUCGUAAACAUCGAGAUUCGGUUUCUAGGUGGGCAUCGUUGUUGGAUAUAAUUAUUAAUAAUGAGCCAAUAGAAAAUAUAUUUAAUUACGAUUGGGAUGAAGAGGACAUGUUCUCAGACAUUGAAUAUGGAAGUUUUGAUGUGGCAUUGUUAUUAUCGUGCAUUCAAAAAUUGUUAUGGCAAAUUUAUACGUUAUAUAGCGAAAUAGGCAUUUAUAAAAAAUACCGUGAACGCUUGCUAGCUAUAAACGCAAGACUUUCAACAUCAUUUCUACCUAAAAAUAGAAGAAACCGAGCAAGUGCCUCGACCACAACAGCUUCAAAUAAUUGUUCAGAAGCUUCAGUACCUUCUACGGCUUCCUCAAAUCUGAUUCCUGAACAGCGUACACAUUUUCACCCACAGCAUGUCGAUCAUAACCUUCCAGUGCCAACCACUUACCAACCUCUUUCAAAUGUAAUUUUUCUCGUUCAAUCGGGUGCUAAUCAGGAUCAGAGUCUAGACAACAAUAUGCAGCCUUAUCAAGAUCCUGAUCAAAAUAAUUCCAAUUUGACGGACCUGUCGUCUCAGGAGACCGCUACGUCAGAUUUAAAGCCACUUAAUCCAACGAAAAAUUACUGAAAACAUGUUGACUCACACGGAUAAGCAAUGGAAUUUUUACUUUUCUCUUAAAAGUCUACAUAGCGUCAUAAUUUAAG